CUUCAGCAGAAAUGCAAAGACAAGUUCUCAUUCUUUUCCUCAGCAUAUCCAUGGCUCUGACCGCAUCCCUCUCUGCAGAAAUCGAGACAUUGAACCAAGUCUUGUGUCUGGUGGAGGCGUUUAGAGCCUUUGACUCGGACAAUGAUGGUUCGAUUACAACUGCUGAGCUUGGUGGCAUCUUGGGAUCACUUGGCUACAAUGCUAGCAAACAAGACGUGAGGGCAAUGAUGCAGCAAGGAGACACUAACAAGGAUGGUUUACUUAGCAUGGACGAGUUCCUGGAGAUGAACACAAAGGAUAUUGAACUUGGUGUGCUAGGAAACAUUCUCAAGACAGCCUCUGAAGCUCUUGACGCCGAUGAGGCUGUGACGCCGGGGGAGUUAUGUGAAGUUAUACAGAACGGGGGAACAGAUAUUUCCUUGGAGACUUGCCAGCAUAUUGUUGCUUCCAUGGAUGGGGAUGGGGAUGGGGCUAUUACCUUUGAGGACUUGCAGCUAAUAGUUAAUUCCCUUAUCUAGUUCCAAGUCCUAGUAUAUUAUAAUCUAAUAUUAAAGAACCACUCAUAUGUAGACUGCAAUGGGUUAUGUUAUAUAAUUUUUAAGAGCAAGAAGAAACAUGUAGUAGAUCUCUUAUUACUAAUAAAUCUCUACUUGUUCA